AUGGAGAGCUCCAGCUUGCACGAGGCUUUGAACGUCUACAUCUCGGACGAUGCGUACGUUUUCGAGCCGAAUGCUCUUUCUGCGGGUGGACUAUACCCCGGUGAAAAAGAUCACCGAGAGACCAUGAGCAUCAACCGCAGGACCGGAGAGAUAACCCUGAACGCUCCCAAUAUUGGUGCCCCUAUCGGCCGAGAGAAAGUCAUCACUUGUUUUGGUAUUGUCGGGAUUGUGACUCUUGCGACGACCGACUUCAUCAUCGUCAUCACCUCUCGAACGCCUUCUUGUCGACUGCUUUCUCACCCCAUCUAUUUGGCAAAUGACUUCCGUUUGCUGCCUCUUUCGAAUCUCAGCUCUUCUCAAGCUAUCCUCGAUAACCCUGUCGAGCGGGAACUGGUUUCGCUCGUUGAGCAAGGUCUUCGCGCGGGAAGGUUAUGGUUCUCGUACGGAUGGGACCUCACCAACAGUCUGCAGCGGCAGCAAGAUAUCAUCGAAGCCGGACGAAGCGGCGAGCCCAUGUGGAAGAAGGCGGAUGACAGGUUCUUUUGGAACAAGCACUUGAUGGCAAAGUUGAUUGAAACGACGGAGCUGGGAGGAAAACAGAACGACUUGAGCCGGUUCAUCUUGCCAAUGAUGUUUGGUUCGGUAGAACUCCGGUCGUCAACCAUCAAUAACCACGACAUCCUCUUCUCUCUCAUCGCCCGACGAUCUCGAUACCGCGCAGGUACUCGAUACUUCACGCGAGGUAUCGAUACGACCGGACAUGUAGCCAAUUACAACGAGACCGAACAGAUGGUCUUGACCGACCCCAUCAAUGUCGAUCCCCGAACUGGGUUUGCUAUGGGAGGGAACGGGCGAGUAGAAGGAAAGGAGAGGAACAGUUUCGUUCAGAUUCGAGGGAGUAUCCCCUUGUUCUGGGCCGAAGUCAACAACCUCAGGUACAAGCCUGAUAUGCAGAUCGAAGCGUUGAAGCUCCACGUUGAAGAACAGGUCCGGAUAUAUGGGGACACCUACUUUGUCAACCUUGUCAAUAACAAGGGGCACGAGCUUCCCGUUAAAGAUGCGAUGGAAAAGGCUCUCAAGGCUUGCGGAGAACCGAAGGCGCAUUAUGUCUACUUUGACUUCCACCACGAAUGCCGUGGAUUGCGCUUCCAUCGUAUCCAAUUGCUGGUGGACGAAUUGCACCAAGACUUGGCACAGAUGGGCUAUUUCCACAUCAAUCUCGGUGGAGACGCUUUGACGGCCAAACCUACUCAUCGACAGACCGGAGUCAUCAGGUCAAACUGUAUGGAUUGCUUGGACAGGACCAACGUGACUCAAGCCGCUCUUGCCAAGGACGCCUUGCAGAGGCAACUGCAAAGUAUCGGCGUACUGGCGCACAAGGAGACCAUCGAUGACCAUUCCGAGUUCAUUCACGUGUUCCGUAACGUGUGGGCUGAUCAUGCCGAUACAAUCUCGAAAGCCUACAGCGGGACUGGGGCACUUAAGACGGACUUUACCAGGACUGGUCAGCGAACCAAGCAGGGAGCUGCCCAGGAUGGUGUCAACAGUGUGAUGCGAUACGUCAAGAACAACUUCUUCGACGGUAGUCGACAGGAUGCCUAUGAUGUCUUGACUGGUGCAUGGGUUGCGAGGAGAGGAGCCAUUCCUCCGCUCUCAGAUACGCGGCCUUUCUUGACCAGAAUGAUGCCUUAUGUUCUUGGUUUCGCAAUGUUCAUGAUUGCCUGCGGAAUCGUCUUGCCCAAGGCUACUGAGUUUGCCUUGACAUCGUAUAUUUUCUUCUGGGUACUCCUCGCGGGCGCCGCCGCUUCUUACAUCUGGGCUCACGGCACUUCGUACGUCAAUUGGCCCCGUCUUAACGCACCUUACGAAAUCCUCUCGUACAAGGGCCCCGGUUUCCGAACCCCGAGUCGAGGUCGAGGCAUCGCGAUGGCUUGGAACCGCAAGGUCCGACAGGAGGCUGGAGCGUCUGGGACGAGAAAACCUAGACCCGAGGAGAUCGAAUUGGGCAGGAAGAAGGGGAGUCUGAUCGAUUAA